AUGAUAGAGGAGUUCAAAGCGGGAAUGUCAGCAUGUUUUGAGAUGAGUGAUCUCGGGCUGUUAACCUAUUACCUAGGUAUUGAGGUCAUUCAAUACGAUGGAGGGAUUAAGAUUGUGCAAGAAAGAUAUGCAAAGAAGAUAUUGGAGGAGUCAGGUAUGAGUGAGUGCAACGCUGUACAAGCUCCAAUGGACUCGGGACUGAAGCUCUCUAUGGCCAAAGAUGAGCAAUCAGUAGACGAGAAGGAGUACAGAAGGCAAAUAGGGUGCUUACGAUAUCUGAUUCAUACACGGCCAGACUUGUCUUAUGCUGCGGGUGUAUUGAGCAGAUACAUGCAUGAACCAAAAGUAUCUCUGGAGCCCUCAAGCAG